CGUCUCCUCCGAGGCUCGAGCAUCCCGUGCUGGCCCGCCAUGAUUCCCGGGAGGUACCGCUCCGCCUCGGGCCGGGCCGCCAACAACGUGAACUGUGGUCUCCACCUGGUUAUUCAGACAUCUUCCCUUCCUGAAAAGAACAAAGUUGAAUUCAAGAUUAACAGAGAAACUCCACCAUUUCCGGGUAGGCUCUUACAACAUGACCUGGAAAGAAACUACUCAAGCAGGCAAGGAGACGGAAUUGCCGUAAGUCCUUCGCCUCGUAAUAAAUCAUCCUGCCUCUCGUCCACAACAAACCUGACAGAGCUGUGUGGUCUGGACAUGAAAAGCGGUGCCAGCUCCUUGUCGGCCUUUGGAGAUUCUUCCUUUCAGACACCUUCCAAGUACCGCGUGCGGCAGGGCUGCCAUAGCGCAGGCCCUGAUGUCUCGGGUGAUCAUAUUAAUUUGGUGAGCUCAUCAAUGCCAUCCUUUCCUAUUCUCCAGCGUUCCACUGAAGAGAAAAUCCUUUACUCAGACAGACUGACCCUAGAAAGGCAGAAGCUGACUGUGUGUCCUAUCAUCGACGGGGAGGAGCACCUGCGCCUGCUCAACUUCCAGCACAAUUUUAUAACGCGGAUCCAGAAUAUCUCUAAUCUGCACCGGCUGAUAUUCCUGGACUUAUACGACAACCAGAUUGAAGAGAUCAGCGGGCUCUCCACACUGCGGUCCCUCCGCGUCCUCCUCCUGGGGAAGAACAGAAUCAAAAGAAUCUCAAAUCUGGAGAAUCUGAAACUCUUAGAUGUCUUGGACCUUCAUGGAAAUCAGAUUACCAAAAUCGAAAAUGUCAAUCACUUGUGUGAUUUGCGAGUUUUAAACCUUGCCCGGAACCAUUUGAGUCACGUUGAUAAUCUCAAUGGUCUGGAUUCUCUAACCGAGCUGAACCUUCGGCACAACCAAAUCACUUAUGUGAGAGAUGUGGACAACCUGCCCUGCCUCCAGCGCCUGUUCCUCAGCUUCAACAACAUCUGUAGCUUUGAAAGCGUCGCCUGCCUUGCUGACUCCACUUCGCUGUCGGACAUCACUUUUGAUGGCAACCCCAUAGCUCAGGAGUCAUGGUACAAGCACACGGUCCUGCAGAACAUGAUGCAGCUGCGCCAGCUCGACAUGAAGAGGGUCACGGAAGAAGAAAGGCGCGUGGCGUCUGUUGUAGCCAAGAAAGAAGAGGAAAAGAAGCGUGAAAGCCAUAAACAAUCCUUGCUGAAGGAGAAGAAACGGCUAACGAUUCACAAUGUCGCCCGGAAGUGGGGCCUGCAACAGCAGCGCAUCGCCAGCCAGGAGACCAGGGGGCCCGACUCCCCGCCCCAGGACCCCUGCCAGGUCCCGCUGGACGGUGGCGGUGGCGGCCAUGAGGCCGGCCCUCCGGAGGAGGCGGGCCCCGCGGACGCGGGGCUCAGCAGUGCCCUGCAGGGCCUGUCGGUCGCAGACACGCACCUGGUGGAGAUCGACGGGGACACGCUGUCGCUGUACGGCUCGGGAGCCCUGGAGUCGCUGGACCGGAACUGGAGCCUGCAGACGGUGGGGGCCGUCACCACCAUCUCCUUCACCUUCAUCGAGUUCGACGAGAUCGUGCAGGUGCUGCCCAAACUGAAGAUGAAGUUCCCCAACCCCCUGCACCUGAAGUUCAAGGAAACCAACCUGGUGAUGCUGCAGCAGUUCAACGCUCUGGCCCAGCUCCGGCGCAUCGAGCAGCUGACCAUCGACCCGCAGGGAAACCCCGUGGUCAAUUUCACGCUCUGGAAAUACUACGUGCUCUUCCGCCUGAGCCAUUUCGGCAUGCAGAAAAUCAAUGGGACGGAGGUGACGCAGAACGACCUGGUGAUGGCCGAGCGGCUGUUCGGGAUCCUGGCGCACGUGGCGUCGUCGGAGCUGCCGCAGUACCGCCUCAUCUCCAUCCUGGGCGACGCCAGGAGAAAGCACUUCCGCUACCUGCUGGACUCCAAGGGGAAGAAGCCCUGCCUGCUCCCGGAAGAGACCAGCGACAGCAAGAGACUCGUGGGGGAGAACUCGAACCGCGCCACGCUCAACUACACCACCAGGGAGUUCUACACGGAGAAGCUGGAGGAGAUCAAGGAGAAGAAGCAGUUCUGCCAGCUGUACGUGGAGGAUCUGGUGAAGGAGGCCUCGGACAUCAACACGAAGAACGCGGCCCUGCAGAGGCUGUGGCCGCAGAUGUUCAUCGAGCUGGUGCGGGACGCCGUGCUGGACAUCCGCCACAAGAGCUCCUACACGCAGCUCUGCCUGCAGCAGAUCGCGGGCCGCAAGUAGCCCCCGCCGGGGGGAUGGGGAGCCGGGGAGCCCGGGAGCCCGGGAGCGGGGCGCCGCCCUCAGGGGCCCAGGCCGCCCGGCCCCUCCACCCGCCGCGCCGCGUGGAGAGGAGCCACGCGGGGGCGGGGACCCGCAGGAGCGACCCCCGCCCCGCCCCGCCGACGGCCCCCUUCCUGGCCCUGGCAUUUCAUGAUUUCAAAGCUAAGCAUAGGUGGUUGUUUUUUUUUAUGAGUGAAGAAUGAACUGAAUACAUUAGUUUA